UCCUAUACUACGAAAUUUUUUGUAAGGUUUCCGGAGUUAGAGGGUUAAUACUGAAACACUAGUAGCUUGUGGCAACCUCAAGUAGCAAGACCCAGAAAAAAGCUCUAAAGGAGUUGGUCAAGGUCAGCAGCACUCCGAACUGCCAACUGGCGAUGAGCAAACCAUAGAUGCAAUCAUAAGUUGUAAUCAAGAGUUGACAUAUACAAACUGAACUUAAAUUUGCAAUUGCAGAUGCAACAUUUUAAAAAAGCUGGGAGAAUUGAGGGAAAAAGUUCAGUGGAAUUUGUGUAUAAUGUACCUAGUUACCAUCAUUUUUUUAUGAAAUAGUUUUGGACGUUUAUGGAAACCGACAAGUGUUAGGCAGGUAAUAAAACAGUUCAUCUAUAUUUAAAUGUUCGUUUUAUCCAACCCACAAAAAAUCGGAAUAACCCCUGCGAUGUAAGCAUAGAAAUUGCAAUUAUUCACAAAUAAAAAAAGUUGCAAUAUGAAUAAAAUCAGUAGCAGUAAACACGUCGUGGAAGAUGCUUCUUUUGUGGUUUAUACUACUUGUGAUUGGGAUCGAAUGCGCCACUGUUUACCGCACUCGAUGGCCAACAUAUGUGCAAAAAAAACAUUAUAACCCACCAAUAAAGCCACUGGAUUACUGCAAUGGAAACCUUUGUCCGGGGAAUCUAAAACAUAUUACCUGUGGCGUACAAUUUUGGGGUCCCAAGUGCGGCAAAAGCCACACGGGCAUAAUGUUGACCAACCAGCGGGACGAAAUUUUGAAAGCCUUGAACGAUUUUCGAAAAAAAGUUGAACUGGGGGAAGUUUUCAAUUUGCCCAAGGCAGUAAAAUUGCCGGAUAUUUCCUGGGACGAGGAGCUAUCAGUGAUUGCGAUGAGGGUCUCCAAUCAGUGCGCCGAUCACUCCAUCUCACCUUGUGUAAACACCUUUCGCUAUAAAAACGUGGGCGAGUCCUCGGAUUUCGUACUACUGCGCGAAAGAUCUAAGGAAUUUAGCGCAUUCAAGUUCUUUUUGAUGUGGUUCCAAUACCACAACUAUUUCCCUGAAGACUACGUGUCAAGCUUUCCCAAAUUAGCCCAAAGUGACCACCUCACUGUGUUCGCCAAUUUGGUCUACGAGAAGAACAGGAAGAUGGGCUGCGGAAUGCUCAGGUCCGGGAGAAAGUACUUCUUAACCUGCCUUUUUAACAAAAAAAUUCCGCCGCACACGCCAGUCUACAAGACUGACAAUAAAUAUUUAAUACGAAGUAAAAAGAUUCGGAACAAAGCCAUCUUUAAAUCCGUAAAAAAGAAUGUAUCAGAGUUAAAAAAAAACUGAUACAAAUAUAGAAAAAUAGAACAUAAAAGUAUCGAAUUCCAAAUUUCUAAUUGAAUAAUUACUCUUAAUAUAAAAGCAUUGUACAAGUCAAAAUUGCAUUAUUUGAUAUAAAAAUAUUUGUAUUUAAAAGAAAAAUAUUGAAGACAAAAAAUGUCCUAAUAUAAAUCAAUUAUUUCAGAUAUUUAAAUUUAUUCCGAAACCAGUCAAAUUAAAUCAAAUUAAAAAUAUUUAAAAUCAAA